AUAGAGCGACAAAAAAAGUGAUGCACUUUAAGUAUCUUCUCAGAUUAGGUAUAUUUUCAGUUAGGUAAUCUCCGACAGGCAGGCCACAUUGUUUUUAUGGCAAGAAAAGGCAUAUGUUAGUACUCUACCUGUCAACUCUCGCAUAUAUAAAACACAGAUGCUGGCACAAGUCAAGUCAGUCACUUAUUGUUCAGCAGCUAGCAAGCAUCAGCAUGUUCCUGUCACUGCUUUUAUCAAGUUUCUUGUGCGUUCAGGGCACCACCUACAUGACAGUCAACACACACAUGGAAUCAGCUCUGCCUGCACCUCGAGUGCACAAUGAGCAACUGGAGAUGGUUGAAUUACUGGACCUGGGUGACAGAACCAGACGCAUGGAGGCACCGAAAUUGCAUAACUCGGCCUCAAAGUUUUUGCUGGAAGUGUACAAUGAGAUUAACGAGGAACAGGAGCCACUGGAGGUGCUGCAUCAGCGGCACAAGCGCUCUGUGAACGAUGACAUACUGGUCACAAAUGCGGAUCGACAGGAGAUUGCCAGCUGCAAUAGUAUCUUGACGUUUUCCAGUCGCCUCAAGCUGCAACCCAAAGUGCCGAGCAAUGUAAUGGAUCUGCAUAUUAGCUUCAAUACAAACGAUGUGCCCAGGGAUCUGCAGUUGGUUCAAGCCAUGCUACGUAUCUAUAAGCAACCCUCCGCACUGGGAAUGCAGCGACAGAUUACUGUGUCCAUUUACAGGAGAAUCUACAGUCAUCAGGAAAUGAAUGACGACGAGCCUGUCUAUCGCAUACUGCACUCGGUAAAUACCACAAGCAAUUACAAGGGCUGGCUGGAGUUUAAUCUAACGCAGACACUGCACACUUGGUUGCUGCAGAACUUCCAGCAGUCGCAUCGCCAUGAGCUACGCAUCUCUGUGUCAGCUCUGGAUGGGGAGCACUUGAGUGCUUUAGUCUCCGGUCUAGUGCCGCCCCAACAGGCAACAGCACGGUCCAGCCUGGAGCCCUUUAUUGUCGGCUACUUCAAUGGCCAGCUGUUGGUCAAGGUACAAAAGCUGCGCUUCAAGAGAGAGCUGAACAAGCGCAAGGCAACUCUGCCAAGUGGACACCAUUCGCAUCCACAUGCACAUCCGCAGGGUCCGCCACCGAUGCCCGAUCUCUACAAGCCGCCGCAGCAAUGCGAGCGUCUUAAUUUUACUGUCGACUUCAGGGAACUGCAAAUGCACAACUGGGUCAUAGCACCCAAGAAGUUCGAGGCGUAUUUCUGCGGUGGUGGCUGCAAUUUUCCUUUGGGCACCAAAAUGAAUGCCACGAAUCAUGCGAUUGUGCAAACCCUGAUGCAUCUGAAGCAACCGCAUCUACCCAAGCCAUGCUGUGUGCCCACUGAGCUGGGUGCGAUAACCAUACUGAGAUAUCUAAAUGACGAUAUUAUCGAUUUAACCAAGUACCAAAAGGCGGUGGCAAAAGAGUGUGGUUGUCAUUAAUGUGCUUCGAAUCAAGGAGGCGUAGUUUUUAAUUUCAA